AUGGAAUUUGGUUUCGAAGUUCUCUGGCAGACUCCCUCUGAUAUCUCAUAUGAGGAGUUUGGAACCAUAAUUGGCUCGGAUGAGCGAUUUGAAGUCACUAAACGCUAUCGCACUACGACUUGCGACUUGCUCAAAACUCGCUUGGGUGCUGAUAGAGUUGUGGCCUGGAACCAUCAUAUCCGCCGCUCUGCUGUCACUCCCGAGACAGAACCAGAUCAUCCUAGCUCGACCCUUCCCGCCACUCGGGCUCAUGUUGAUCAAUCCGACAAUCGGGCCAGGGAAGCAAUCAGCUCUGAGUUAGGCUUCAAGACCUCUGAAGAGCUCCAAGCUUGGGUAUCCCGCGGUGGUCGAGCGACAAUGAUCAAUCUCUGGAGACCAUUAAAGGGUCCGGUACGAUAUGCUCCUCUGACGGUAUGUGACGGUCGAAGUGUACGGCCUACAGAGCUUGUGAGGUGCAAUGAUUACUUUGGCGAGCAUUUUUCCGUAGGAUAUCAUGAAUCUCAACGGUGGUACUAUAUUUCAGAUCAAAUGCCAUCAGAACCAAUCUUAAUCCUCUGCUACGACUCAGCUGUUGACCCAGUCUUGAAUGCAAAGAUAGAUGAACUUCACCGAGCCAGCUGCUGUCCACAUACUGCUGCGUUAUCUCCAGAAAAUACGGAUGUAACUGAUACUAGGGAGAGUAUUGAAGUUAGGACUUAUGCAUUCUGGGAUCCACCCACCCGAUGA